AAUUCCAAAGGGUUCCCAAACCUUCUUGCAACUGUAUAUGUUUUAUCUGAGUUUAACCUCACAAGUAUUUCACUUUUGGCCACUACCUGCAUGUGAUGUGCCCUAACCAUUUCCUGAAAUGAAAAUGUCACUUUCUCAGCCACCCCCAGAAGCUGAGUGGGGAACAGUCACCACUUACCAAGGACUUGAGAGGACGAUCCACAGGGACACACCUUGACUACAGAGCGAUCAUGGGCAACAGAUUUAACGUAGGAUUUCUUUUAUUGCCUUGCCAUGAAGUGGAAAGCUUGAGGAAAGGAGAUUCCACAUCUUCCUCAAACGCUUACAGCCUGGGCUCUUAAACAAUUGACUUUUUAGCCAACCUGCCAGGUCGGUGUUCCUCGUUUGACAAAUGCAGACGUCCGCAAAUGAUUACUUUGUGCUUCGUGUUGUGGCUGUCGUUCUUCUCCUUUGUUUCCCCAGUGCCUACAGGAGAAACCUUCCAUGUUGGAAGUGAACGCAGUGCAGUCUGCGGGGAGCUGGGCAAAUCUGUCUUCCUCUCCGUGAAUUACACUCUAACCAGAGGAAAACAGCUGCUGGACCUUUCGUGGGACUUUAAAAAAGACACGGAAUACUGGAAGAUUUACACAUUUAAUGGCAAAAGCAAGUUUUUCAAGGACUACGAGAGCAGAGUGCAGGUGUUUCAGAACGGCUCCCUGCUCCUGGAAGCACUCAACUACUCGGAUGCAGGUCGAUACAUCUUCACCGUGGCCGAGGAAGGAGGAGCUGAAAAAGAGACGACUGUGGAGCUCUGCGUGGAAGAUGCUGUACAAGAACCAACAAUUGAACAGACUCCGGGAACAGCACAUUCUGGGGAGACGGUGUCCUUAGUAUGCAGGGCUCCUAACAUAGGAAACAUGCAGUUGUACUGGCAGGGAGUCAAUCUGUCAUCAGCGUCAUCAGAGACCAAGUUCUUGGAGGGGUUUCAGUACACCAAUAUUCAGAUCACGGCUCACAGGUGCGAUACAUUCAUCUGUGUGGCUCGGAACAGUGUGAGCCAGAAGCUGGCACGGCACACGCUGAACGGAUCUGAGGAACUUUGUGAAAAUUGUGAUCCUCUGUGCACCGAACCCAAGCCAUUGAGUACAGAACUUGUAGCUCUGCCCAUUUUCCUGGUGGUCGUCUUCGUGACCAUUGUGGGUAUUGGAAUCUGCUGCUGCCGCAAAAGGAAGUGUGACAACAGAAGAUGUAAGGAAAAGGACACCUAUUAAAAAGAUGGUUAUCCUAUGAUUUUAGAAGACAAACAAAUACCCAUCUGGAACAGAAAUGUCCAUCUGCAUUGAUAUAAAGUUGAAGAAAUGGUCUGUAUGUCAGCUCUGUGGCCAUUGGGCUGUCCAAUUUCGCCAUGUAUCACAUUUAAAGGAUAUAAAAGAUGGAACACGAGGGUGACUACGGUCUGACUAACUAAAUCCAUCCAUCUAUGGAUGAAGGACAACCAAAAAACCACCAUAACCCAAUUCAUACGAUAGAAGUCUGUUCCCUUCCAAUAAGAAACUGCUAUUACGUCCCAUAUUGGGUCCAGGAGUACUUGUGAUUUGUCGAGCCCGUGCUCUGAAGUGUCUGGAAAAUGUGAAAUACGUUUCUGUAAUUGAAGUACAGCAAAAUAUUUUUUUCCCUAAUCUCAAUGGCCAUAAAAUGACGGGGAAAUGAGCACUGUAGAGGAAUAAACAAUGAACUUGGAUUUACUAAUUACAUUAACUGUGAAAAUGUUUUUGACAUUAUACAGUACAGUCACCUUUACUGUUUAACACUAGAUUAGAUUAAAAUUGUGUGCGAGAUUCUAAACGCCUUUUUUAAUUCAACGUGUCAACACGCCCUCUAAUGGUUAAUUCUGGAGAGCUUUUAUCCACAGAAUGCUGGAGCAUUUCUAUACUUCGUAGGAGCAUUCAGAACAAUGCUAUAAUUAUAUAGACCCUAUAGUUGACUGUAGUUUUAUAGCACUGUCUUCAAUACGUUCCUAUAACUACUUUUUUAUGAAACCUUUUUUUUUUCAACUGCUGAAACUUUUUGAUAGAACCUUCUAGUUGAAUGUCUAUUGGACAGAGCCCACCUCCCUUACCCUCGUACACAAGAGGAUGUAUCAAUACCUUCCUAUUAAUACACUAUUACUUCAGUAUUGCUGUUAUACCCAUGUGUACUUCUUAAUUGUUUUCUUUCUUUGUUUUUGUCUUGUAUGUUGCACCGCUCGCUGCUUAAAUUGUCCUCCUGGGAUGAAUAAACUUUUUAAUUGAAUAGUUAUACUGAUAAGGAACUUUAUCAAUAAAAUAUUUUUUUUGCACGAA